CUAAACUAACUGAAAUCAAAAUUAUAUUCUAAGGGAAUUAGCACUUGAUAAUAUGUGAUAGUAAUGAAUUAUAACAUAGCUUAUAAUUAAUUAUAUAAAUGAAUUCAAACAGGGUUCCCUUGAAAAAGAUAUAAUAAGUUAGUACAACAUAUCGUAGAAAAAUAUCCAUAAAAACUGUCAAUAAUAGGAUUAAGAAAAUUAUUCUACACAAUUUAUAUUGCUUAGAAGGUAGUUAGUAUUAGUAAAUAAUUAUGCAACUAUAAUUUCGAAUGGAAGAAUAAAAAAAUAAUUACUCGAUAUAUAUAUAAUAAAUGAUCAAUCAGUCUUUUGAGGAAAAUAUGCUUAAAUAUGGCUGAAUGUUUGAGAUAAAAUUCCGAUAAAAUUAGACAAUAAGUCUUCAGCUUCAGG